AUGCCAAGUAAAUAUGAUGAUGGAGAAAGUCGUUUAAACGAAUAUGAAGUAAUAAAAAAAAUUGGGAAUGGUAGAUUUGGAGAAGUAUUUUUAGUAAAGCAUAAACGAACUCAAGAGUUUUUUUGUUGGAAAGCUAUAUCAUAUAGAGGUUUAAAAGAAAGAGAGAAAUCUCAAUUAGUUAUAGAAGUAAAUGUAAUGAGAGAAUUAAAACAUAAAAAUAUUGUUCGAUAUAUAGAUAGGUUUUUAAAUAAAGCUAAUCAGAAAUUAUAUAUUUUAAUGGAAUUUUGUGAUGCAGGUGAUUUAUCUCGAAAUAUUCAAAAAUGUUAUAAAAUGUUUGGUAAAAUAGAAGAGCAUGCAAUUGUAGAUAUAACUAGACAAUUAUUACAUGCUUUAGCUUAUUGCCAUAAUUUAAAAGAUGGACCUAAUGGUGAAAGAGUAUUACAUCGUGAUUUAAAACCACAAAAUAUAUUUUUAUCUACAGGUAUAAGACAUAUAGGUAAGAUAAGCUCACAAGCUAAUAAUUUAAAUAGUAGACCUAUAGCAAAAAUUGGAGAUUUUGGGUUAAGUAAAAAUAUAGGUAUAGAAAGUAUGGCUCAUUCUUGUGUGGGCACACCAUACUAUUGGUCUCCUGAAUUAUUAUUACAUGAAACAAAAAGUUAUGAUGAUAAAAGUGACAUGUGGGCUCUUGGAUGUAUAAUAUAUGAAUUAUGUUCAGGAAAAACUCCUUUUCAUAAAGCAAAUAAUUUUGCCCAAUUAAUUUCAGAAUUAAAACGAGGGCCUGAAUUACCAAUAAAAGGGAAAUCAAAAGAAUUAAAUUUACUUAUUAAGAAUUUAUUAAAUUUAUCAGCUAAAGAGAGACCUAGUGCCUUACAAUGUUUGGGAUAUCAGAUUAUUAAAAAUGUCUCCUCACCUAUUUUAUCUAAAAAAGAACAUGGUACAGAAUUGACUAAUAUAGAUUCGUGUACUUCAAAUAUGGAUAACAAACAUAAUUAUGCUCAUCCGAAUGAUGUAUUAAUAAAUAAAAGAAAUAACGAAAGGGAAAGGAGUUCAAGUUGUUUAAGCAGACAAAGUGUGAUUACUGCUAUAUCUAAAGAUAACGUCAAAUAUCACCCUCCUGAUGGUACAAAUAAUUCUCAUUUAAUUAACAAUGGAAAAUAUACAAAUAAUAGUAGAGUGGGAGGAGCACACGUGGAUGGUCCAACAAAAAUGUAUCAUAUAGAAACAGAUCGUUUCAAUGAAAAGGAAAAGAUGAAGAGAGAAAUAUACGAAAGAGAGAGAAGUCAGAGAAAGGCUUUAGAAAUGAAGUUAAUGGAAAAGAAGCGAUUGGAGAGGGAAAAGAAAGACCGAUUGGAGAGAGAAAAGAAGGGGAAAAUGGAAAGGAUAGAAAGAGAACGCAUGCAAAGAUUAGAGAGGGAAAGAUUAGAAAGAUUAGAAAAGGAAAGGUUGGAAAGAUUAGAAAAGGAAAGGUUAGAAAGAUUAGAAAAGGAAAGGUUGGACAGGUUAGAAAAGGAAAGAUUGGACAGGUUAGAAAAAGAAAGGUUGGAUAGAUUAGAAAAAGAAAGAUUGGACAGGUUAGAAAAGGAAAGGUUGGAUAGAUUAGAAAAGGAAAGAUUGGAUAGAUUAGAAAAAGAAAGGUUGGAUAGAUUAGAAAAAGAAAGGUUGGAUAGGUUCGAAAAAGAAAGAUUAGAUAGGUUUGAAAAAGAAAGAUUAGAUAGAUUAGGCAAAGAAAGAUUAGACAGAAUGGAUAGACUUGAAAGGGAUAAAUUACCAAGAUAUGAAAGAGAUCAAUAUUAUCAUAAUGAUAAUUGCACAACUCCAACAACUAGUUGUAGCGCUUCGAAUAAUAAUAAUAAUAAUAAUAAUAAUAGUAAUAAAAGAGAUUCAUUUGAAAAUGAGAGGAGUUCAUCAAAAAAUCAAGGAAAUUAUAAAUCAUUUUCAAGAAUGAAAGAAACAUAUGAUCCUGUGAAUAAUAUGAAAAGUUAUAUGUAUGGAAAUAGAAAAGGAAAUUAUCCUUAUGAUGAACAUAAUAUGGAUAAGGAUGAAAUAAAUAGCUUACUAAAAAAGAAAUCUAUAAAUACAAUUUCUAAUAAGAACCCGCAAAGUUAUAGUAACAGCAGUACACAUAUAAAUAAUAAUUAUAGUGGAAUGAAUUGUCAUGGUGCUUACAACAACCAUAAUACGUUAAGUCAAUAUAGUAAUACUUCAAUAGAAAAUGGGAAAUAUAAAUAUGAAAAUAAGUACCAAGGGAACAUAAGAAAUAAUUCUAAAGAUGUGUAUAAUGAAAAUAUGGAUUCUGCUUAUAGAAGUCCUAAGUAUGAAAAGGGUUAUGAUGAUAACAAGAGUGUGAAUAAUAAGAAGAUGAACAGUAACAAUAUGGGAAAUAUGAACAACAAUAGUAAUAAUAAUAAUAAUAAUAAUAAUAAUAAUAAUAAUAGUAAUAAUAGUAAUAGUAAUAAUAAUAGUAAUUAUGUGAAUAAUAAUCACCAUACAAAUAACAAUAAUAGUUGCACGAGCAAUAGAAUAUCUAACAUGUACUUUAAUGAUAGCUCCAGACGAAGUGUGAGUGCUAUGCCUAACGUAAACAAUUUGAGCAGAAGGAAACCGAGUGUGUAUUUAUGUGAUGACAAUAUUUACAAUCCAAAUAAUGUGGAGGAAAGUCGAAAUUUUAAAAAUCUAGAAAAGGAUAGAGAAUAUUUAUUGGAAAAAAGAAAAAUGCUACUUGAAAAGGAAAAGGGCAUAUAUGACAGGAUGAAGCACACGAGCAAUAAUAAUAAUAAUAUGAAUAAUAUGAGUAAUAUGAAUAAUAUGAGUAAUAUGAGUAAUAUGAAUAACAUGAGUAAUAUGAAUAAUAUGAAUAAUAUGAAAAAUAAUUAUUCCAAUCAAAAUAAUAUUAGUAAUAAUAAUUAUACCUAUUUGACGAUGCAAAAAUAUGAGAGUAGCGAAUAUAACAGACGCAAUAGAAGCAUGUCCGCAUGUAUAAAUGAUGAUGAAAACAAAAAUGCGUAUAACGUGAAAAAUGAAAAAAUCGUUGAAGAAAAGGGAUAUGCCUUAAGAAGUCGAAAUGUGUAUACUUUAAAAAAUUUGGUACAUAAAAAGGAUGCAGAUAUAUAUGACAGGGGUUUAUAUACCUGCAGAUGA